AUGGCUUUACACACGGCAAAUGUGAAAAUAGAAAAUGUAUGCCGUACUUGUUUAUCCAAAGAGUUUAAAAUGCUCUCGGUGUUUGAAGUGCGUUUAGGAAUGGAUACAUUAGACAAUAUAAUUGCCUCAAUAACUGGUGUAAAGAUAGAGCAAGGAGAUGGGUUACCUUCUACAAUAUGCAAUGAUUGUAAAGAGAAAGUUGUUAGUGCAUAUGAUUUUAAAACUCGUUCACAAGAAGCUGAAGUCACAUUAAGAGGUCUACUAACUAGAGACCUUAGUAAUGAAAAUAAUUUAAUAUAUGAGCCUGAUGCUGUUGCAGUUAAAACAGAACAUUUUGUUAGAGACAAUCAUGAUGUUUAUAUGGAUUUGGACUUAUCUUUAGCUCUGGGUAAUGUUCAAGAUACAUAUAGUGAUGUAGAUGCUGUGAAAUGUGAAGAAGCAGGAACACAGUGUAAAGAGUCUUAUGUUGAUUCUCAGCAAUCUGAAAAUGCAAAUGGUAAAAAUGAAAGCAUAAAACAAUCAUCUAAAGCCGAAAAUAAUGUAUCAGACAGUACAUAUUGCCCAGUUUGUGGAUCAAGUUUUGCUGAUGCUGAAGGCCUUACAAAACAUGCUUGGGAGCGGCAUGCAGAUCUCAUGGGACCCAAGAAGAGGGGUCGACCGAAAAAAUUACUUACUAGUACGAUUCUAAACAAAUUAUCUGAAAAUGGCUACAAUUUGAAAUAUUUGCCAGACUUGAAACACAAAUGUAUGUUUUGCAAGGAAAAUUUGAAAACCAAAGAUGAUUUGACAUUACAUAUGUUAGAACAUAAAGAUGUGAAAUUGCUCAGUUGCGUAAUUUGUAAGAAGAUGUAUCUCAAUAAAAAUGACUUGGAACAUCAUCACUGUGUACAAACUAGAAGUGAUUUGGAUCACAACAAGCAGGGGGAGCCACCAGAUGCCCAAGAAAAUGGCACAGACAUCAAUCUUUAUAAGGAAACAUUACUUCAGGAUGUAUUAAUAGCUAAUGGUGAUAUGGACUCUGGGAAUAUAGAGCCAUGCAGUGAAUGUGGUGAAGUAUUCAUGUGUAGUACAGACUUGAGUAAACAUCGGGAUCAAGAUCAUCCAGAACUUUCUUCACGAUGUCACCUAUGUGAUAAGGUUUUCGCAACAGUGAAAAGCGCAGCGCGUCACCGUGCGGUAUGUUCUCGAGUUGAGCGUUCGUUCGCCUGCACUUCGUGUGGACUUCGCUUCGCUCACGAAGUGUCUCUCAAUAAACACAUACUGAGAGCGCACGCGGGACAGAGCGUGUCUGUCCGCUUCAUGGACAGGGACAGGACACCGCCUCAACAUAGAUGUGACACGUGUAACCGAAGAUUUUACAGAAAGGACUUGCUGGCGAGACAUGCGAAAAUACACAAGCAAAUAGAAAAAUGUUUCGAAUGUGAUGUUUGCAACAAAAAGUUUCAUAGAAGGGAUAACCUCAAGUCACACAUGAAAGUCCACAACAGUCCGGGCGAGAGCGGUGGCAAUGCAAGCAAGAACACCUGUUUGUGUCUGUACUGCGGUCGAAGCUUCUCGAACUCUUCCAACUUAAUAGUUCACAUGCGACGUCACACCGGCGAGAAACCUUACAAAUGCGACUUUUGUGGGAAAGGUUUUCCUCGAUCAUCAGAUUUGCAGUGCCAUCGACGCUCGCACACGGGAGAAAAGCCUUGUAUAUGUGGAGUAUGUGGCAAAGCGUUUUCACGAAGUAACAAACUAUCACGCCACAUGCGUGUUCACACUGGCGUGAAACCGUACAAGUGUCCGUACUGCGAGAAGGCUUUCUCCCAAAGCAACGACCUAACCCUUCACGUGAGGCGGCACACCGGUGACAAGCCGUACGUGUGCGAGCUGUGUGGUGACCGCUUUAUACAGGGCACAGCUCUGCACAACCACAGACGCGCGCACGGCCACUACCCGACGGCGCCGCUCGUGUACACCGUGCAGACCCUCGCGCAGACGAAC